AUGCCCACAGGGACGUACGUCAGGUCGCGCUCUCUCGACCUCCCCAGCUGCCCGACGCCGGCGGUGCCGGUUUGGUUGUUGUACCCGAGGGAUCGCACCGUACUUAGCCGCUAUCAAAACUUCCCUGUAAGACUUCCUAUACCUGCUCCCCGCUUAACUUCCGCCACCGAGACUUCGGUUUUUCUCGAGGAUGUCGAUGCCGCCGAUGCCACGCAGAACGGUCAUUUUAAGGCUCUGGAACACCGCAACCUUUCCUCUUCGUCUCCUGGCACUGAUGCCACUUCUUCACCGCAUUGCCUCGACGCCGCUCUGCAUUCACAUCGCUUCUCCCUGCGCGCUGUUCUCUCCCUCGAUGCCGCACUGUCUUUUCGUCACUUUUUGUCUUAA